CCCCUAGUCCCAAUAUGCAUAUAUAUAUAGUAGAAGCUAUCUAUAAAAACCACUGGACCACGCCUGAUUGUGUCACUUCUUCGGGUCCAUUGCUAUAACCAAGUUUGUCUCCUGAAAGAGUUCUGAUUUUUGUCUUUAACAAUUCGACAAGUCGAAUAAGGCGUUCUUGACAGAUUAGAACACUCUGAGGCAGCCGUUGUAAAAUUUUAAGUCAAGAUACUUUAUUUGUUUUACUUGAAAAAGUUCGGGUAAUUCGAUAACAUUCAAGUUAAAGUCAGUGUAGACUGUAAACAAGACAACAAGUGCUAUUCGAUUUCUCUGUUCAGAAAUAAAUAUUGAAAAUGUGCCUUAUACAAGAUAAUAAUGUCGACAAGCAAUACAAAUAUAGCGAAAAAAUUGGAGAAUUUCGUUUUGAAACAAUGGCUCCACGAAUUGGGUUCUUCACGCAGAAAGGAAUUUCUCCGCAAGGUGAAAUUCGAACUCGAAUCUAAUGGGUUGUCAGCCGGAGAAAUUCAUAAAUCCUUUAUUCAAUUGAUGUCGAAAACGACUUUAAAAUUAGAACGACUUCCUGAUACAUAUUCAAGGAGGAAAUCGAAUAAAGAGAAUCAGUCAAAAUCACAGGAUAAGAAAAAUGACGAAAAUUCUAUAACAGACGUCAAGUGUUCUUCAUUUGAAAAUUCUUCUUCGACAUCGUGUAAAAAUUUCAUUGAUUUAACGAAAACGAAUGAAAUGGACACAAAGGAAAAUAAAAAUAACAUCGGCGAUUUACCGGUAAGAAAAAUUGUUACUCAAAUUGAUUUAACAACGGACACAGACAGCGAAAGAGAGAAAUUAGUUUACGUCGAUAGUUCAUCGAUAUCUUGCGAAAAAAAAUCUUCGUCACGAAAAAAUCAUUCUGAUUCAUCGACACAUUGUAAAGAAAAAAAUAGAAAAAAAAGUUCCAAAAUGGAGGAAAAAAAUAAUAAGAAGAAAAAAUGUCAAAAGUCUUCAUUUGAAAAUUCAUGUCCAGCCAACGAAUCUCAAUCAAUUGGUACUAGUAGUAAUUUUAAUAAUAAUUUACAUAAGUUAUCAAUAAAUAAGGAUUCUCCCUUAAAAAUUACAUUAGGAAUAAAAAGUAUUAAUAAAGAAUUACUAAAGAAAAAAGAAAACGAUGAAAAUGGGGUGAAAAAAAUUCGAAGAAAAUCAAAAGUCAAAUGCAAUGAAAAACGACAUAAAAAUGAAAAUUUAUCAGAAAAAAAAAGAAAAUCCGACCCUAAACAUUCAUUAAUUCGCGACAAAUUAAAAAUGAAAAAGUUACAUAAGCAAAAGUAUUAUAUUGUUCAGAAAGAAGUAACAAAAAAGUUUAAAAGAAAACAAGAUUUAAAAAUUGUGUCACAAGAGAAAAAAGCGACUCAUAAAAAAAAUACUUCCUCCAAAAAAAUGAUUGAAAUACCUUCGGAAAAAGUUUCAGAUCAAGAAAAAACUAUUAUUUCCUCGGCAGAUAUUUCAAAUCAAGAAAAAUUUUCAAUUCCCUCAAAAGAAUUAAAAAUUUCCUCCAAAGAAUUGGAAAUUUCUUCCAAAGUUGUUUUAAAUGACAAUGAAAUUGAAAUUACCGCCGAAAUUAAAGAAACUGAAAUUACCUCAACAAAAGAUGUUUUAACAAAUCAAAAGACUGAACUUUCAAGUCAAGAGAAAUUUGAAAUUCCCAUUAAUAAUAAUAAUAAUAAUAAUGAAAAGACUGAUAUUUCAUUAACAGACAUUUCAAUUCAAGAGAAAUGUGAAAAGAAUGGAAUCAAUUUCUAUCCAAAACGUCGUCAAUUUAAUUCCUGCGAUUCUUAUGAUUCAGGCGCGUGUGUCAGUGAUUUUUCACCACUAGUUCGCGACACCGAAAGUCCCGAUUCAACUGAAAUUCACUGUCAAUUAUUAGAUGAAAUAAAUCCCGAAUUAUCAAAGAGCCGAAAGAAUUCUGAUAAAAAUGAAUCGCAUCAAGAAUCUCAUUUACCCGACAGUAGCACAAUUUCCGAUUGUGAAAUUGAAAUUAUAGAGGAAAAAAUAACGAAAGAUGAUAAAAAUAAUGUUUCGAGGGAAAAUUUACAACCAGUUGACAAAUUGCGUAUUAGAAGUUGUGAAAUUUUGAAAAGCAGCGAUAAAAUAAAUAUAAACGCCGAUCGUCAAAGUAGUGAGAAUAAAAAUUUAGAAUCAAACGAAGAUUCAGAAAAUUUCACCGAGGAUCUCAACGAAACGAUGGAAAAUUUAACACGAACAAAUGAGGAUUUAAGUCGAAUGAAGCAUCUCACGAGAAGAGUGGAAGAAUUCGAAAUUGAUAAAUUAUCGGCAGGAGGGAAUUCGUCGGAAAGUGUGGAAAAUGAGGAAGAGUCAACGAGGGGUCAAGAAUCGACAAGAGAAACAGUGGAAAAUGGGGAAGAAUCAACGAGGAGUCAAGAAUCAACAAAGGAAACAGUGGAAAAUGUUGAAAAACCGGUAGAAAAUGUUUUUACUCAAAAAAUACGCGUUAGAAAUCCAAGUGAACUUGGUUGCCCACGUUGGUGUCCAACGCCGGUAGUUAAUGAACAGCCAGUAAUUAAUCCGCAGCCAGUAAUUAACGAACAGCCAACAAUUAAUCCCCAACCAAUAAUUAAUGAACAGCUAGUAAUUAAUUCACAGCCUGAAAGUAAUCCGCAGUUUGUAAUUAAUCCACAGCCAGUAUUUAAUCCUCAACCAACAAUUAAUCCACAACAACCAAUAGAAAAUAAUCCUCUAAUACAAUUGCAAAACCUUUCCAAUUGUUUACCACCAAUUCCACAGUUUAUUCCCCAAGGUUUUCAAAAUCCUCAAUUGAUUUUGCUAAAUCCAGCACUAAUAUCGAAUCCACAUCAUCCAAUUCAGCCUCAAAUGCCUCCAAAUUCUUGGAUUAUGAACAAUCCGAAUAAUCAGAAUAAUCCCCGAACGGCAAAUCCUAGAAAGGCGAAUCCAAAACCUAGACAACCGCGUCAAAAUCCAGCACCAAGGAGGCGUCAAACUAAAUCAAAAACUAAUGAUAAUUUACUGCCAAUGUUUGCUGGUGAUGCAAAUGCACAGAAACGUGCGGAAGUAGCGAUGCACGAUUUACUGGCCUAUGUGAAACCAAUUUACAUGCCGUGUACCACCGGAGUUUUAGCAAACGCCCUCAACGAUUUAACUAAACUGCUGCGUAGUGUCUCGGAAAAUACGAUAAUUUUACGCCAAAAGUAUCAAAAUCGUCCACUGGGAAUGUGCAGUCCCGAAUUGAAGGAGCACAAUUUACUUCUAAACGAAAACCUUCAGAAAGUCGCCAAUUUCCUCAACAUUCCAUUCGACGAACCGAAAAUGUACUUUAUAUUGAAUUCCUAUUCUUUUAUGACGCUACAACCAGUGCUUAACAAAGAGGAACUCAAUUACAUUAUGUGUCUACGUUUGCGACCACCCGAACCUUGUAUUCUUCAACAGCUUCUUACUAAUUCACCAUUAAUUCCCGAUCAACGAACAAUUCAACCACAAGUUGAAACAAUCGCUGAAAAUCAUGAGAUUAUAAACAUUGAUGUUAAUCCGACUUCUAGGGAAAAUCCACCACCGACCGAAAGGAUAGGUUUCACUAGUGAGCAGUACAAAACGUUUCAAGAUCAAUGCAAAAGCUAUUGCAGUCUGAUUAGGAAUUAUGAAACAUUGAACAAAGAGACAUUUACCAUUAGGCAACAAAAUGUGACGAUUACGGAAGGAAUUGUGACAAAGGUGCCCGACGAACCAGUGCCAGUCCCAAGUCCAAUUUUAAGUCCAGAUAAUAUAAAUCUUCUUUUGAAGAAUUCGAAUCUCACUGUUGAGAGUUUGAAAACAAUAGUCGAGCAAUCGAUUACGCUUAAUCCUCGUGAUAACUCGACUCCAAAUUCCGCUACGGAGGAAGGUUUGGGUGUAAAUUUAGUUUCGGAAGUACCACCAAAUAUGGAUGGAAAUGAAAGUGCUGCAUUGGGGGUUCAAUCGAACAAUCAAAAAAUAACGACUCCUGAGCAAGUGCUGCCGGUGACGACACCGAUUACUAUAACAAUAAUUGAUGAAGAAUCGCCGGAAAUUCCUGUGUUACCGAUCGCAACACCUGUGAUAAUGAAUUUGGUGCCUUCUAAUCAACCACCGCCACUGGUGCCGAAUCAAACGCCUUUAAUGACGGCUGUCAUUCCGCCAAAUCAACCGCCGUUGAUGCCGAUGAACCCGACACCAAACCGACCGCUUUCGGCAUCAAGACCACCGCCUCUGAUGUCAUCAGUCUUCGUACGGCCGAUUCUGUCACCGAGGAUACCUACCGUCGAGCCGCAGAGGACGCCGAUAACUCCAAUUCAAUCGCGAACGACUUCUACGUCUUCAGAUCAACCGCGAACGACUUCUACGUCUUCAGAUCAACCGCGAAUGACUUCUACGUCUACAGUCCAACCGCGAACGACUUCAACGUCUACAGUCCAACCGCGAACGACUUCAACGUCUACAGUUCAACCGCGAACGACUUCAACGUCUACAGUUCAACCGCGAACAUCCUCUAUGACAUCCACCGAUGAAUCGCUUCCAAUUCCAACUACUCUCGACCUGAUAAUCACAAAAAUGCCUCUAGGAGCGUUGAAAAUCGCUAGUAGUUCUACAAUUCCGGAUUCCGGCCCAACAAUCACUAGAGUGCCUCCAAAAGUUAUGCCAACAUCGUCUAUGCUUCCUUUGGUAACUUCUACAGCUGUUUCGCGACAAAACCCGAGUCCACCAGUAACAUCUACGAACUUCCGACCAAUGUGGAGACAACCAUUACCAGUAACGACUAAUGCUACUUCGACGAUAAGUCAAUCGCGAACAAUUCCGUCAGUAACUCCAACCGUUCCGAGGACACAUCCACCAGUAAUUUCUUCUACCGUUUCACGCAAAAAUUCAUCAGGGAUUUCUACCGCCACCCCUAGAAGAACUCCAUCAUCCGCAAUUUCGAACUCUUCGCGAAGAAAUUCAUCACCUGCAAAUUUAGACUUGUCGCGUAAUAAUCCGCCUUUGGACUUUCGGCGAAAAAGUUCGUCACCUGCGACUUCAGACUUAUCGCGAUUGAAUCCAUCAUCUGCGACUUUGGACUCUUCGCGAAGAAGUUCGGUACCUGCGACACCAGAAUUAUCGCGGUUGAAUCCAUCAUCUGCGACUUCGGACUCUUCGCGAAGACGUUCCGUACCUGCGACACCAGACUUAUUGCGUAAUAAUCCACCAUCUACGACAUCAGACUUAUCGCGUAAUAAUCCAUCAUCUGCGACUUCAGAAUUCCUGCGAUUGAAUCCAUCUACCACUUCGCGGACGAAAUCGUCAAUGAAACCUUCUGCAAUGCCGCCAAAAACGUCUACAGGAAUAAAUCCAUCACCACUGAAAAUCGCCACUGUUCCGUUGACGAAUUUCUUACCCAUGUCGAUAAAUCGACCAUCAUCUGCUGAUUCACGAACAAAUUCGUCAGUGACUCCUCCUACAGUCUCGACAGCUAACGGGCAAAAAACCCCCUCAUCGGAGUCUACAACCGUCCCAAGAAUAUCACCAAUAAUAAUCACGCCUCCAUCGUCUUCCACUACUAGGAGAAAUUCUACAGGAUUAUCAAGGGAUCUUCUAGACCCUAACGAUAUUCUACCCUCAAUGCCAAUAAUUGAUGGAACUCCUAGAAAAAACGGAGAGUCUUCCACUGUUGACGUUGUUUCCGAUCAAAGUCCCCCAUCGCAAGCCGACGAAGGUCGAUUUAGCCUGCAAUGCUUGAACCUUUACCGUGAAAGACUGAUGCGUCAAAAAUCGACCGUCGUGCCGAAAAAAACUCCAAAACCGAAGGAGAAGGAACAGAAAUCGUCCGACGAGGCAAAAGCACCCCCAAAAUUGAAGGACGAAGAACAAAAAUCGUCCGUCGAGGCAAAAAAAACUCCAAAAUCGAAGGAACAGUGUGUGAAACCACUAAGCGAAAGACUUAAGUUUCCGGAAGAGAAUACGGACAAAGUAGUAAACGAACAAGAGAUUCUAGAGUCGGAACAAAUAGAGUAUGUGCAGCAGAAGAGUAAGGCGCACAAACGUCGUUCUUCUACGAAAGAUGAGUAUGAUCCAAAAAGCGCACGAAUGGAGAAGCAGACGGUAGCGCAUGGCGAACAAACGGAAGCGCAAAACGAGACGCCUAAGGAAUCGAAUCCGCAGAAUUCAAAAAACCCUUUUCCCCAGACGGAAAAGAGAGGGACGCCAAAGGAGUCGUAUUCGUCCAAAGAGAACGCGCCGAAAAAUGACUCUUCCUCAAAGUAUAAAAGCCGACAUUCCGAGAUGUGGUCUCCGAGACACACCCAAACGGAAAAACCUGCGCAGAUCGUACCACAAGGGAGCAAACAUGAAUCACCAGUCCCGAAAGAGGCGCUAAAAGAAUCGAAUUCACAAAAGAGUACAAAAGAGCCCAAGGAGAACCACAAACAUCGAUCUUCCGAAUCGUCGGAUUCGAAAAUCGGCUACGAAACGGAAAAGCAAGCGACAAAGCAAGCGACAAAGUUAUCACAACCUGGAAGCAGCAAACAAACGGAAUCACCUGCGCAGAACGAGGCAGAAAUCGAGUACACUCCAAAGAGGACCUACAAGGAAAGAAAAGCCCACGUUCGACGUUCAUUCGCACUGGAAGGGGACGAUCCGAACAAUUUGCAAGCUGAGUCGCCAGAGCAAGAACUCGCGGAUAAAUUUGAGCGCAUGAAAACUUUUGUAGCAGCAACAGAGUCUAGGCGCCCGCAUACACAGAGGUUCGCACGAAAAAAAACGCCCUCGCCCAAGAAGAGUUGGUUCGGACCCAAGGAGACCAAUUCACCAGCGCAGAAGUCGCAGGUGCGGCCUGCCUCGAACGAGUCCGAGGCACCUAAAGAACGCGAGGCACAAAAGGGAGAUGCCUCUAGAGGCACUAAAGAAAAGGAGACGAAAAGGGAUUCACCUAGAGAAAGAGAGGGACAAAAGGAAGUGCCUGGGGAAAGAGGGACCCAAAAGGAAGGACCUAAGGAAAGAGGGACCCCAAAGGAAGUGCCUAGGGAAAGAGAGGGCCAAAAGGAAGCGUCUAAGGAAAGAGGGACCCCAAAAGAAGUGCCUAGGGAAAGAGAGAGCCACAAGGAAGCGCCUAAGGAAAGAGGGACCCCAAAAGAAGUGCCUAGGGAAAGAGAGAGCCACAAGGAAGCGCCUAAGGAAAGAGGGACCCCAAAAGAAGUGCCUAGGGAAAGAGAGAGCCACAAGGAAGCGCCUAAGGAAAGAGGGACCCCAAAAGAAGUGCCUAGGGAAAGAGAGGGCCAUAAGGAAACGCCUAAGGAAAGAGGACCCCAAAAGGAAUCACUAUUCAGUCCGAAACAGAAGGAAAGAAUUGCCCACAAACGUCGAUCGUCAUCUACAGAAACAGCGUCAUCUACAGAUUCGAAAAGCGCACGAAUAGAAACGCCUGAGCGAACGCAUGCGCAGAAGAAUUGGUCAAAACCGAAAAGAAUACAUUCUCCGAAUAACGCGAAUUCGCCGAAGAGAUUUUCUUCGAAUGAGACGCCCUCGCCGAAGAAUGCGUCCCAUUCGCAUAAGAGUUCGUCCGGGCAAAAAGAGACGCAUUCCUCUAAAAGUGGGCAAAACGAGACGCAUGCGCAGAAGAAUAAUGCGAAAUAUAAUCAUGCGCAGUCUGGUGCGUCAUCUACAAGUGGACAAAGCGAAACUUCUGCGCAGAAGAACCGAACAAAAUACGAUUAUGCGCAGCCAAGUACAAGUGGUACGUCAUCUAACAGUGGACAAAACGAGACGCCUGCGCAGAAGAAUUACGCGAAAUAUAAUCAUGCGCAGUCAAGUGCGUCAUCUAACAGUGGACAAAGUGAAACUUCUGCGCAGAAGAACCGAACAAAAUACGAUUAUGCGCAGCCAAGUACAAGUGGUACGUCAUCUAACAGUGGACAAAACGAAACGCCUGCGCAGAGGAACCAAGCAAACUACGAUUAUGCGCAGCCAAGUACGUCACAGGGAAGAACCAGUGCCUUUCAUCGUACACACCCUGCCCAACAAAAAAAAAAUUUCCCAACGGAAAAAAAGGGGACGCCACCAGAAAGUAGUAAGUCAAAUAAAAGCAAAUCGCGUGCAUCCCUUGUUGCCGAGCAAGUAGAACGUAAAUUACAAAUUUUCAACAGGGAAUCAUCAAUCGAAAGUCUUGCAUCAAACACUCUGAAUACCACAUCAACUGAGGUUCAAAAUUCGAACACAGAAUUCGUGGUAAAAAUUGAAGAGGAAGAAGAUUAUUUAUGUCUACGUUGCAAGAGAGAGAUUCGCUUUGCCUGUGAACUUUGCCAAGAGGCUUAUUACUGUUCUAAAUCUUGUCAAGAACAACAUUGGCAGGAAGCACAUCAUAAAAAUUGUAAAUCCAAAAAAAGUUCCUAAUUUUUAUUUUUUGAUAAAUUUUCUUUUUUAUGUCGGUGUUUCUAAGAA